AUGGCAAAAACACGUCAUCAGUCAUGGAGGUUGCUGGAGUCUUCCCUCAUUUCGUUAUCUCGCUAUGAUGGAGCAGGGUCCCGGGAACAUCCAAUCUAUCCAGAUCCAGCCAGGUUAUCUCCUGCUGCAUAUUAUGCUCAGAGGAUGAUUCAGUAUCUUUCUCGGAGGGACAGUAUUCGGCAGCGAUCCAUGCGAUACCAACAGAACCGUCUCCGCUCUUCCUCCUCCUCUUCUUCCACUUCAGAGAACCCAAGCCCAUCUGUAGAGGGAAAUGACCUGGAAUUUGAAGAUUUUGAGGACAACGGAGAUCGAUCCAGGCACCGAGCUCCCCGUAAUGCCCGUAUGUCCGCACCAUCGCUGGGGCGCUUUGUCCCAAGACGCUUCUUGCUGCCAGAGUAUUUGCCUUAUGCUGGAAUUUUCCAUGAGAGGGGACAGCCUGGUUUGGCCACUCAUUCUUCUGUCAACAGGGUUUUGGCAGGUGCUGUGAUUGGAGAUGGACAGUCAGCUGUGGCCAGCAACAUUGCUAACACAACCUACCGGCUCCAGUGGUGGGACUUCACAAAGUUUGACCUGCCAGAAAUCAGCAAUGCAUCUGUGAACGUGCUUGUUCAAAACUGCAAGAUUUACAAUGAUGCUAGCUGUGAUAUAUCUGCAGAUGGGCAGCUACUGGCAGCCUUCAUUCCCAGCAGCCAGCGAGGCUUCCCCGACGAAGGAAUAUUGGCUGUGUAUUCUCUGGCACCCCAUAACUUGGGCGAGAUGCUUUACACAAAACGAUUUGGCCCUAAUGCCAUUUCUGUGAGCCUGUCUCCAAUGGGCAGAUAUGUAAUGGUGGGACUGGCUUCCCGACGUAUCCUAUUGCACCCUUCCACAGAACACAUGGUUGCUCAAGUCUUCAGGUUGCAACAGCCCCAUGGUGGAGAGACCUCUAUGAGGAGAGUUUUCAACGUUCUGUACCCAAUGCCUGCUGACCAGAGAAGACAUGUCAGCAUAAACUCUGCUCGCUGGCUACCUGAACCAGGCCUAGGAUUGGCAUAUGGCACCAACAAAGGGGAUCUAGUGAUUUGCAGACCAGAGGCCUUAAACUCUGGAGUUGAAUACCACUGGGACCAGCAGAAUGAGAAUGUAUUCACUGUGCAUUCCAGCAGCAGGAGCACUGAGAGGCCUGGAACCAGCAGAGCCACGUGGAGGACAGAUAGGGACAUGGGCCUGAUGAAUGCCAUAGGUCUACAACCUCGAAACCCCCCCACCUCUGUGACUUCACAGGGUACCCAGACCUUGGCGCCUCAGCUGCAGAAUGCCGAGACUCAGACAGAGAGGGAGGUACAGGAGCAGGAAUCCACCUCUGCAGGGACUGGGGAAGGUGAAGGUCCGGAAUAUGGGGCCAGUGGGGAGGAUGCCCUGAGCAGGAUACAAAGGCUGAUGGCAGAAGGAGGCAUGACUGCCGUGGUCCAGCGGGAGCAGAGCACCACCAUGGCGUCCAUGGGUGGCUUUGGCAACAACAUCAUCGUGAGUCACCGGAUCCACCGCAGCUCUCAGACUGGAGCGGAAUCCACUGGAGCUGAGGGCACAUCAGCACAUCAGUCCACUUCACAACAGCUGGCAGCUGAGCUGGAGGGACGGAUCCUUUCAGAGUCUAUGCAGCUGUCAGAGCAUGGCCUGAGCCAACGGACAUCCUCUGGCGGGAGUGAAGGACGAGGCACUGGUGAUCUGGACCUGCCGGAGCAGGUCCAAUCCUCCAUGGACACUGAGGGACCAAUCGAAUACAGUGACCUAACUAAUAAUAACCAUCUUCCUGACAGUACCAACUUCUAUAGUAAUGACAGCACCAGUGGGGAGUCGCGGAACAGGUAGAGAUGAGUUGUGUGUUGGUGCUACCCUUGUACUGCUCAGCAGAGACCUAUACCUCACAGCUGGCCAGAAGCUGGAAGAGUAGGGACAUGUGGCUCCGACAGGAUGUUAGUAGUUCAGAGGGUUUCUAUGUCCUGGGUGAGUGGUAACAGAUAAGAACUGCAAGGAAGCCAUGGGCAAGAAAGCAUACUAUCUUAACUUCCAACAUUCCCGCUGCUGAAUAAUGACAGGAGUAUAAACAAUAGUGGCUGCACCCCACGCAGAUUUUGAAGUCAUGUGGGAUCUGCUGAGCUCAACCCUACAGUUUGGUCAGUGUCAUUCUUUGUCAUGCUACUUCCCUUUCCUCUUUCCUGCCCUUUUAUGCAUAUACGGGCUGACCAGCAGAGUGAAGGGAAAUGGGCCUGCAGCAUCCUUCUGGAGAUUGGCAGCCCUCCUGUGCAAACCUGGGCGUGGUGCUCCAGUGCUGUUGCUGGAGCAGAGGAGUCUUCCAGGAUAUGGUCCUGUGCUGUGGUCUUUUCUGGGAGGAGCUGAGAUUCAUCAAAAACCUGCAUGGCUCAGGAACUGCAUACAAGUGGGGAUCUUUCCUUCUUAGAAUUAGGCUAGUACUUGUCAGGAACCUAAGCAGAGCUGCUAUAUAGAUGAGUAGAGGGAUAAGAGUUACUGCUCUCCAGUCAGGUUGCAGUUCACGCAAGAAUAUUCUAAGCUGUGCCAACAUUAACAUGAAUGAGCCAUCCCAGUGGUUUCAUGGUGCCAGGACUGAGCUGCACCUCCUUGGCAGGGGGCAGGAAAUGUUCUUUGAGCUCCAGGCCAGGGUGUGAGGUAUGGGUCUGUGAUGUAAGGUGUUGCAUGUGAAAUCUUGACCUUGUACAUGUAGUUUCUAGUGGAGAAAUCAAGGCUCUGAUAUUCUGUUUUUAGUCUCAAAUGUGAUUUUCCUUUUCGUUUGUAACUCUCCAUCCCUAGCAGGUUUGUGGAGGAAGGACGGGGAGAGUGUGAAUGCUGACGAGGGAAACACCAAAGAUCAACGUCAUUAAAAUAUGACAAACCCUUG